AUGCUGGGUCAGUUGGCGGGCACAGACGCUCCUUCCGUAGGACCCACCACCCCAUCUCCAGCCCCGGAUUUCGGAUAUGCUCUCGGUGGCUUUGGGCCGGGAUCAUAUCAUGGCCAUGACUUCACCUCAUUUUUGGAUAGCGUUCCCUUGCCAAAUCAUCCCUUUUCGCCGGCUUAUCAGCCACUUCCGCUAUUCCCACCCUUGAACUUCUCCCCGGUUCCAGACUAUGAUCAAUCUUCUGAUAGAGGGACUUUGACUGAGACUACGCCUUCGACGCCUUCAAGCUCCAUACUUCCCCGACAUGGCGCUCAGUUGCCCUCACUCCAGCCGGAGGGGUAUCACAUCUCCUCCAAGGCGCGUCAGCCCACGGGAUUCGUACCGGUCACGGCUCAAUGUCGGGAGAAGUUAUCGCAUAUGUUAUCUGAAUACGCCAAUGUGGUCCCAGAUCCAUCUUUGCCAUCUCGACAUGCGUUAUCCCGAUGUGUGACCGGGUAUGUAACUGGUUUCCAUGAGCACUACCCAAUCGUGCAUAUCCCGACCUUCGAUGUAGACUCGAUGACAUUACCGCUCUUCUUAUCGAUGGCGGCAUUGGGUGCACGGUAUUGCCGCGAGCCAGAGACUAGCAUGCGUCUCUACCAGAUUGCCAAACCCGUGGUUUUGGAACAUUGUCGCCGGGUCUUCCAAUCGGGCAAGCUGUUCCCGGCUAAUAUCGCCGACGACAUUGAUGCCCUAGAAACUCUACAGUCGUUAUUGUAUCUGACCUCGGUGUCGCUAUGGUUCAUCAACAACCCCCCAUACCACGAGGGGCUGGCGCUUCGCAGUCUAAUGGAAAUGCUUAUGCGAAAAGGUGGACUGAACCGACUACCCGAGGAUGACGGGACAUGGAGUAGCUGGAUACGACGGGAAUGCGUAAAGCGCACCAAACUAAUUGUCCUCUGUUUCUUCAGUAUCCAAACCAUUGUCUUUGACGUACCACCGAUGAUUCUCACAGAAGAUUUCACAAUCGAAUUACCCUGCACCGAAAAAGAAUGGCAAGCCGCGCGCGCAGACCUCUGGCAGGCAGAGCGGCUGAAGAGUCCCGGCGAACCAAAAUUCCAAGAUGCCCUUUCAGCCCUCUUCGGACCAACCAGUGAUGUAGAGCGGUUCUCCUCACUCGGCGGCUACGUUCUAAUCCACGCAAUCCUACAAGACAUCUGGCUCAUGACGAAAGCGGGCCGACUACCCGUGUCACGACGAAACCGCUUCACCCCAUCAUCAGUGACAUCCACCCCUGAACUCGUAAAGGUCGAACAAGCACUCGAACGCUGGUGCCAGUGCUGGGAACGCAACCAAGAAUCCUCCGUCGACCCACUCAGCCCGAACGGCCCGCUAUCCUUCACAUCAGCAGCCCUACUUCGACUAGCCUACAUCCGACUCAACGCAGACUGCGGCUCAGCCCGCCAACUGCAAACAUGGGACCCUGUUCAGAUCGCAACCAGUCUCCGUGACAAUCUCUCGGUCCGACGCGGCGACCGUCUCACACGUGCAGCGCUCCACUGCGCACAUGCCCUCAGCACACCCGUCAAGCUCGGGAUUGGAUUCGUCGCGCACUCGCAGGUGGCGCUGUGGUCGAACCAGCAUGCUUUGUGCUCUCUGGAGUGCGCGGUGUUGUUGGCGAAGUGGCUCGAGGCGAUUACGGUGUCCGAUCCGGAUCCGAGGCUGACGGAGCAGGAAACCCGGUUACGGGACUUCGUGCUAGAGAUGGUUAUGGAGGUGCAGCAUGGUGUCUCGAGGGAGUGGCUGCUUGCUACUAAUACUCGGCUGAGUGCAGCGGUUACUAGGUUGUGGGCGCGACUGUUUACGGCGGAUUAUAUAUGGGAGAUGGUUGCUUUGAUUGGGAGGUCUUUGAAUAGCUAUGCGGAUUUGCUGGAAGAGUAG